CCUAUUUUUAAUCGUAUUCCUCCUCCACGCACAGCAUGUUCCUCUCCUGCCGUCAACGACGAGCACUCCUCGUUGACCUCGGCGGCCUCCCAGAAGUAUUCGGCGAUGCUCUGGUAGCUGAUCGCUUGGAAGCCGGCCCAUUCUUGACCUCUUCGUCCACCUGCAGCGGAGGAGGAGCCGGUCGUUUCCUCGAAAACGAUUCAUCGCGAUUGCCAUCGUUGGUUGCCGCAGCCGCUGCAGCUGCCACAGAACGAGGAGAUCUGAAGCGGGAGGAGGAGGAAGUUGCGCUAUCCUUUGCAAAGCUCGCGUUGCCCCGCUCCUUGCUGCUAUGCGGAACUCGAGGAGAGCUGUUGAGGAACGAGGAGGGGCUGAACGUGGAUCUGGUAGACCUGGCUGAUCUUGGGCUCCUGGCAGAGCGGGUUGAACGCGGCAUGUCCACCAUGGUAUCCCCGAAGAAGCCCCCGAUGUCGAUGUUCUCAAAGUUCGGAGUUUGGAGGAGACCCGAGAGGAGUGGAGAGUCCGAUAAUGAGGGGGUCAACCCCGAUGCAAGGUUGUUAAAGUCUACAUGAUG